AUGGUAGAAUUUUCUGCCUUUAUAUUUCUAAUUCCUUCUUUUCUUGUGAUUCCAGGGGAACAUUUGAGAAUCUGCCCUCAGGAAUACACAUGCUGCACCUCAGAAAUGGAGGACAAGUUAAGCCAACAGAGCAAACUGGAGUUUGAAAACUUAGUGGAGGAAACAAGUCACUUUGUACGCACGACUUUUAUAUCCCGGCACAAGAAGUUUGACGAGUUCUUCCGAGAACUUCUGGAGAACGCGGAGCGGUCCUUAAAUGACAUGUUUGUCCGGACGUACGGCAUGCUGUACAUGCAGAACUCUGAGGUGUUCCAGGACCUCUUCACAGAGCUGAAGCGUUAUUACACGGGAGGCAACGUGAACUUGGAGGAAAUGCUGAACGACUUCUGGGCUCGGCUGCUGGAGCGGAUGUUCCAGCUUAUAAACCCCCAGUACCAUUUCAGUGAGGACUACCUGGAGUGUGUGAGCAAGUACACAGACCAGCUGAAGCCGUUUGGAGAUGUUCCCAGGAAGCUGAAGGUCCAAGUGACUAGAGCGUUCAUUGCCGCGCGGACCUUUGUUCAGGGGCUGACAGUAGGCAGAGAGGUUGCCAACAGAGUAUCCAAGGUCAGUCCCACCCCAGGGUGCAUCCGGGCGUUAAUGAAGAUGUUGUACUGCCCUUACUGCAGAGGACUUCCCACUGUGAAACCUUGCAACAACUAUUGCCUCAAUGUAAUGAAGGGCUGCCUGGCAAAUCAGGCUGAUUUGGAUACUGAGUGGAAUCUGUUCAUAGAUGCUAUGCUUCUGGUAGCGGAGAGAUUAGAGGGACCAUUCAACAUUGAAUCAGUCAUGGAUCCUAUUGAUGUCAAGAUUUCUGAAGCCAUCAUGAACAUGCAAGAAAACAGCAUGCAGGUGUCAGCAAAGGUUUUCCAAGGAUGUGGCCAACCUAAACCAGCACCUGCCCUGAGAUCUUCCCGUUCUGUCCCUGAAAACUUCAACACCAGGUUCAGGCCAUAUAACCCAGAGGAGCGACCUACAACUGCUGCUGGUACAAGUUUGGAUAGGCUGGUAACAGACAUUAAAGAAAAGCUAAAGCUCUCUAAAAAGUUCUGGUCCACAUUGCCCUACACAAUCUGCAAGGACGAGCGAGUGACAGCCGGUCCGUCAGUCGAGGAGGACUGCUGGAAUGGCCACACCAAGGCGAGAUACUUGCCUGAGAUUAUGAACGAUGGCUUGACCAACCAGAUCAACAAUCCAGAAGUAGACGUGGACAUCACAAGGCCAGACACCUUUAUUCGACAACAAAUCAUGGCCUUACGUGUCAUGACUAACAAACUGAGGAACGCGUACAAUGGGAAUGAUGUCAACUUCCAGGAUACAAGUGACGAAACCAGCGGCUCAGGCAGUGGAAGUGGCUGCACAGACGACAUCUGUCCCACCGAGUUUGAUUUUGUCACCACCGAAGCACCGCCUGUCGACUCGGACAGGAGGGAGGUGGAGGCUUCAGCCACACAGCCUGGCUGGUCACUGCAGACAUUGCUCAUCAUCUUCCUCAGCCUUGUACUGCAGAGACGGUGGAGAUAAUCCUGGAUCUAGUCAGAGAAACUGUGUUUUAGCUACAGAAACAGCCAACUUUCUUCUUUUCUUAUACUCUUGGACAAUGGACCAUGCCACAAACACUUGCAGUUUUCUACGAGACAGCAGUAUUGCAACCUGCUUCCCAUUUUAGUUUUCCCAAAGAGUACCAGGUGCCAGACUGAACUGAUUCCUGCUUUUUCAGAUAUCUCUGAAGACAAUAUCCAAUCUUGAGAGAAUUCUUUCUCAAUCCUUUAUUACAGGAAACUUUCUGAGCUUCAUUUCCUUUUAUGCUGCAAAAGGGAAAAAGGAUCUUACAGUAUGUGUUUUUCCCCAGUGAGGAAAAAGACAGGGGAAGAAACCAAGAAAGUUUUCUUUCUGAAUCAAGCCUGACUCAAGGCUGCUGCAUUUCAACAGAAUAUCAACAAAACAAAACAAAACAAAAAACCAACAAAAAAAAAAAAAGGACAAGAAAGGAACAAAAAAAAUGCAACCGUUCUUCACUGAUAGCCAGGUUUCCUUUAGAAACUUCUGUAGGAUGAUUCAGGUCAUCAGAAUGAUCACUGUUGUAGGGAGGAAGGCUGGAUUUUUUUUCCCCAACACUAAAAACAUAUUUCUCAGCAGUGAAUGUCUUGCACUCCAUCUGACAACCACAUCAGAUUGGUAUGAAGGUAGAGAAGCUGAAAAAUAAGUUUAUCUUUAGUAUGGUAGUAGCUCCACUAGCUUCAGAAUGUCAUGUUACAGUUGCUUAGGAUUUGAAUCUUAAUGCCCAGUAAAAUAUGAGUAGUAGCACGAUUUCACCUAGUUUCUUUUAGGAUUUAUCCAUGUUCUAGAAUUGUCACAGUUUUCCAGUUAGCUCACCACUGUGAGCUCACCAGCCAUGAUGGCAAUGUUAAACAACGCUCUUGACCCCUCACGGGCUCAGACAGAAAAUAAUCUCUUGUGAUGUAAUCUUUUUUCUUUUGUUACUGUUCUGACAUCGAUUAGAACUUUUUGUUCUAUGUCCAUUACCCUACCAAGACAGCAAUUGUCUAAUAGACUAACAGCAACCAGAUCAAUAGUGUUUCACACCUAACUACAUCUUCCAUAUCAGUUAAUUUCGGUGUCACAAGGAUUUCUUCUACAAAAUUUCAGAUCAAACAGAUAUAUAGUACUGACAUGGAGAUUUCUUUCACUUUUUUAGUCUUAGUAUGAUCAUCUAUUUUUAUAUAUAUAAAUAUAUAUAAAUCACAGAUUUUAACUUCUUAAUUACAAGCUCAGGGUUGACACUUCUUUAUAAGAAAAAAAAUGUUUGGUCAACCAACUCUUCUUUUUUUUGCUGCUCUGAAAAGUAACCCGUUAAUGACUGGUGAGCAUGAAAAUCAAAGAAGAGAAUUUUUUACAUAUCCAGCUGUCCAUUUCCUAACAAGUUUGCAGGUUGGUGGAGAAAACCUCUCUCAUAUGUGUGUAUUUGGUGGAGGUGGGGGCGGGGGGGCAUGUGAGUUUGUAUGAUAGGCCUAGAAGAGGACAUGGAUGUUAAUUGUGAUGGUAAUUGUACUUCAGAUUCUUCAAGGAUACAUUGCUUUAAUAAUCAUUGUCUAAAUUUUUAUGGUCUGGAAUAGAGUUUCCCUAAUUUACAUCUGGUUGUAAAACCCAAGAUGGAAGCUGUUUAAAUCCUGGACAAAUGUGUAUCAACAAUUAGACAUCAAAAUCUUCAUUCUUCUAUCAACCACAGACAAAGAAUUUUUGGGGCAAUUCUGCGUGGUGUUGAACUGAUUUGCCAGAAAUUUAUUUCCUGAUUCUUACACUGACUAUGGAAAUGGUAUACACGAAUUGUGGCAGCACUGUAAUCCAGCCAACCACAUUUCAAUUUAACAGCCGAGCAGGUAGAUCGUACCCAUUGCAAUCGCUUUUUCUUGUCAAAUUAUAAUUAGCUAUCGAUUUAGGCAUGACAUUAAAAUAGAAGACACACAGCACGUUAGAAUAAAGUAUACUUAAGCACUUUUACCAAAAAGUAUUUACAGACUAUUUAUAUAGUAUGUCUAAUAACAAAAAGCAUAAGUUUUGAGCCACUUGUAUUCAAUUCCUUUUCUUCCCCAUUUGUUUACUUUGAAAUAUAAUUAUAGAUAGCAUCAUGGAAUCAUAGAAUCAUGGAAUGGUCUGGGUUGGAAGGGACCUUAAAGAUCAUCUAGUUCCAUCCCCCCUGCCUGGGCAAGGACGCCAUUCACUAGAUACAGUUGCUCAGGGCCCCAUUCAGCCUGGCCCUGACAGGUGGUCUGUUCUAGGCCCAGAUUAGUAAGUCACUGCCUAAGUGUACAGAUCACUUGGGUCCUACAUGGCCAUAGCAAUGCUUCCUGUUUUUCCAAAGGUUCCCCCUGGAGUAGGUCUUGAUUGAGCAUUUACUGUCUGCAGCAAGUUUAAGCCAAUUCUCACAGGUUUUUUCUUUUGCCCUGGUACAGCAGAUAUCAAGCUUUACUUUCAAUUUUUUUUUCCUGAACUUGCACAUGCAGCUUUCUACAAGGAGAGUCUUUAAAAAUCUCCCCUGAUCCAUCUCUUUUGACCCAUCUCCACAUCCUCUCUACAUCCUCAGCAACUUUGUUUCAGAACUUAAGUUUGAUUUUGAUUUCUCUGGUUGUGUGUUUCUUUGGUGGUAGCUGAUUCUAUUUCCAUCUGAUUAUCCUGGAUCUGAAAUCUUAUUGACAAGCAGAAAUGUCCAAGCCCUCUGGUGCAAGUCCUCUGUUGUACUUGCUCCUCACUGCUAGUGAGGGUGCUGACGGACUCACCAGUUUUUUUGUGUUAGCCUUGGCCCACUUGUAGGUGAUCUGAUGACUGUUUUCAGCUGGUGCAGCCAAGGUGUGUGUGUCCAGGGUGCUCUCAUCUAUUUGCAGACCUCCAUGGACUUUUGGACAAGGAAUAAGAGGGAUCCCUAAGAACUAGGGGUUCACUGAAGGUGCUCGUCACUGGAGGAGCUUGCUCUGCUCUUGUUGAACUGGAUCUUAUAAACUGCUGCUCAAACAACACACCAGCUUAAUCUUUGCCAAAAUGUAAUUCCUGAGGGAGUUCUGCCAGAAAUUUAUGUCUUCCACAUUAUCAUUUCUCCUCUUAUUUUCCUACUAUGCAUGGUGAUAUUUUGUCAGGAGACAGAGAUGCCUUUGCGUGAAGUACUGUGUAUACAUUUCUUUAAUAGUCCCUAAAGGUUGAAUACACUCUUCAUACAUUGCAUUUUUCUGAGAUUAAGAGAGCUAUUAAAUCUACAGAGAAAAUGAAAUUGGGAAUGAGGGAGAGAAAAGAAAAAGCAUUCAUGUUAAUAAAUGUGAGAAUCUACAUAAUUUCCAGUGAUUCUAUUUGCACAUCCUUUACAUCCAAUAGCUCUUCUUCUAAGGUAAUUUUUGGGUGUGACACAGUUUAAAUAUUUCUCUUCUGUUAGCAGCAGAUAAAGUAAGAAAUUAUAAAGAAGACAAUUACAUGUUCAAGAAAAAGGGUCUAAAUCCUAAGGAAAAGUCUUUUGAUUGUGUAAACCCUCUAUGCUGUGCAAUCUGGAAGCUCUUCACAUGUAAUUUCUUUUAAAAUGGAGGCUAAUAAAAAAUUAGAUGCAAUUAAUUACAUAAUCAUUGCUGUAGACCCCUGUGAGGUUUUUUCUUUUCAAUAUUAACUGAUUUCAAUAUUGCUUUUGCAUCAUCCCCAAAUUUUUCAUGUUGAUUGUACUGCAGGUUUUUCUACUGAUGGCUCAGUACACAGUACUGUAAAUGCAGUGCAGACUACCUGGACUCUGGCCAAAGUUAGGCAUUUCAAAAAAAGACAAUCAAAAAAAGUUGAAAAAGAGGAUAGAGAUUUUCUGGAAAAGAGGAAGAGGAAAGGAAACUGUUCCUUGGUGUUCUGGUAAGAGUUGAUCUAUCCCAGCUCCCUAAGAGGCAUCAUAGACUUCUGUCCUUGGAAAGCUCUGAAAAUCUGAGUCUCAGAUGCACAAAUCAUCCCAGUUCUGUGGGAUUUUUAGGAAGAAUGAUUCCCACAGAUGUGUGAACCAGUUUGAGCUGCUUCCAUGCAAAAUGGCUUUACUGUGCAUGUGACUGGCCACUGGCACAAAUUGCUCAGAGAGGCUGCGGAGUCUCCCUCACUGGAGGUAUUCAAGAACCAUCUGAGCACAAUCCUGUUCCGUGUGCUCUAGGAUGACCCUGCUUGAGAAGGGAGGUUGGACCAGAUGACCCACUGUGGUCCCUUCCAACCUGACCCAUUCUGUGAUUCUAUGAGCUGAAGCUGCUCUUGGGAGGUGGACUCUGUGUGCAGUGUCUCAGCAGGCAGCAGCUGCCUUCAGUUUACUAACUGAUUCUGAAUCAUUAUCAAAUGUAACUAUACUUAUUCACUGAAACUUUUAUUACUUCAACAUAAAAAAUAAAUUACAGCACUGAUGCAAGUUGUGUUUUUUGUUUUUAAUUUGCUUCUAAAGAUAAUCAUUAAAACUGAAUACAGAAAAUUUUAGAAUGAUUAUACAGGUUUCUAUAGAUUUCAUUAUGGAAAUCCACAUUUCAAAGACCACAAAACUAUGUUUACUAUAUUACCCACAAGUGUUCAAACCUGCUAGAGGAGAAUGGAUAUAGUUAACAAUAGUGGAAUGUUACGUAAAAUUGAAAAAAGGCAUAAUUUUAAAGGGAAAUUCAGCAGUCAAAGGCUAAGUCUUAGUGUCAGUACUGAGAUUAUGUUGUCAAAACAUAAUAGACUCAGCAAUACCUACUUUCAAGAAAAAUAGGGCAGGUGAUGGGCUGAGCAUGGAAAUGUUUUCACUACAACUACUCAGCUGGACUGUGAGGAUCAUAUUAAUAUGUGUAAUUAUGACUCUUUUUGGAUAAAAUAGUGAUAAAGACCAUAGUCCCAUGGUAACAGGGUAUGUGAAGGAUAGAUGUUAUGCUAGGAACAAUUCCCUCAUCUGUUAAACCAUAUAGGAGACUUAAUGGAGAAUGAAAAACUAUGAUUUUUAAAAUAGAGUUCUAGCAUCAGAGAAAAGUGAUGGUCUCAAAUUAAUUUAGUCAGAACAUUUUGCAACAGUCUAUUCUAUUCAAAUCUGCUGACCAAUACAACCAACCAAUCACUUGAGGGUAAUUUGCCAACAUAACAUUAAGUGUUCACUUACAGUAUCUACUUAUUUUUUUCUACUAAGCUGAGUAUCUAGCUUAUGAUUCUGACUGUGCAUCAUAUGAGGUCAUAAACAGACUUGUGCAUUGCACCUGUGUGAAAUCCUGGUGCCAUGACAAAGCAAACGAGAGCUUUGUCAUUAACGAGAAUUUUGACUAUAAUCAGGGAGAAAAAGAUAAUUCCCUUUCUUUCUGGAAGCUGCUAAUAUGUGGUUUAUUUCUGACUCUUAAUAAAACAACAACACUGUCCAUAAAAGAAGUGAUGUUAGCAUUAUUACCUGCAAGUUUCCUUCCAAAGCAGUUGCAGUCUUUCUGCCUGGUUUCCCCACAGCUGAGGUCUCUGGACUGUCCAGGAGUUCAAUAAAGUCAUAUGUGUUUGUCCAUAACUUUAAGUCUACACAGUUAAGUCUAAUAAUUUCAAGAAAAUGGGUUGGUAUUUCAGUCAGGCUCUUAUUUUGACUUUAUAUUUAAUUAUGUAGCAUUGAUUAUUAACAAUAUAACACACAUGAAAAGGCUUUUGUUUCACACUGAUGAAAAAAACUUCUUCCUUUUCCUCCUUUAUUCUGGCACCAAGAAAUCAGUGCGGCUUAAUACUUAAAUCAAUUGGCAGCAUCUGGUGUGUGGCUUGUUUAUUAAACUCAGAACAGCUGCAUUACUAAGAGGAGUUGUCUUUUUCUUGAGAGGGAAUAGGGAAAGAGUGUGUCCAUUUAUCAUUAGCAAAAAAGAUGUACAGGAUGUCAACUAUUUAUCUUAGAUAUAUAGUGGAGGUCCAUCUGUCAGCAUUUCUGAAGAUGUUUUAAAGUCAAAUUUCCAGGGAAGACAAAUCAAAUUUAAUAGUGAGACCCAGCAGAUAUAUAUAAGUGUGGGGCACUAACAAUGAAAUCAGGUGAGGGACAGCUGGAGUUCCUCACAUCUGUCCAGCUUUUCUUUUCAAGCUACUGCCUGUGAGUUUUCAGAGUAGUCUGAUUAUAACCAUCUACUCAUGGACAUAGCAAAGGCACAAAUAUUGCUUCACAAGUCAGCAGUGCUUUGGUAGUCUGCUGCAAAAUUUCUCUCCCUCUUCUCAUUUUCCUGGUAUAGUGUCUAAUUCUGUAUCUUUCAGAGUCUGAGGAAGAACCUACUACCUAAAACAGAUUUUUGUGCGUCAAUAGUUUUUAAAAAGUGUUAUUUAGGCACAGAAGUUGUUCACAUGUCUCAUGAAAAUUACUCAAUUUCACUAUGUAUCUAGAGAGUUUUCUUCUCCAGCCUGAAAAUGACACUCAGAGGAGGCUUUGGAAAAAGCUCAAACUCCAUUAACCCUCUAAAUUUCUUAGAGGUCUUCCAUGUUCCACUAAAUACCCCAAAUACCAUGUCACAGGUGGACAGUGCUCCUUCUCAUCCCUCCUCUCCUCACUCCUCACCUCAAAGUAUCAUCCUGGCCUUGAUAAUCUUUCAAAAUAAGUACUUCAUCAUUUCAGCUAGUGCAUUACAAAAAAAAAAAAAAAUACUGUAUCUGUGUUUCCUGAUGAUAAAUAAUUCUAACUAAUACUUCCUGUGUGCCACAUGUCCUAUCUGUCUUUGAGUCACCCAUGCAGCUAUGAAAAUUUUCCUCUCCAUGCUGAACUGUCUUUUCUGUCAUUUUUAGCACACUGGAUUUUCUAUCUCCCUUCACCAGAUUUCUGUGCCUUUGGUAGAAGCUAACGCUUCUAUUUUUCAGACAGAGGAAGCAGCAACAGAUUUGAGAUUUGGUUCACUUUAUUUGGGAGGUUUCUACUCGGCUUUAUCAAACCCCAACUUUAACUUUUAUUCUCUAUUCUGAACAUGCUUGUCGGUGUGUAUGUUCUUGAUUAUCUGACAUAUAUCCUGCUGACUCUUUUUGCUAUCUAUAAUUAGUGCUUAUAGACUAUGUUUUGGGUUAUUCAUUCAGUUGUGGCAAAAUUCUACUUCUUAUAACUACAGCCUGAAACUAUGGCCUGUUUCGGUGUCUGUUUUGCCUGGUAUGCUGAUAAGUCAGCAAGGCCAAUGCCAAAGAACUUGUGGAUUUUCUAUAGCAAGUUUAACUGAAUGGGCAACAACUUCUGGAAAAAAAAUCAUAUUGCUUCUGUAAUUGAUUAUUUUGAGGUCUGGUGUUGGGUAUUUUUUAUUUCAUUUUAUUUUAUUUUAAUGUUGUGGGAUUCAUUUCAUUUACUUCACACAUUGGCUACAUGUAUUGUAAUACAACUACAGAUAAAUUGUUUCAGUCUUUAGAUCACACAGAAGGUUUUUAAGCAGCUGGUUGAUCUUAGGGGGGUUUUUAAGAGCUACAGAAUGAUGAUCAGUCUCAAAAGUUUGCCCAAAGAGUAGCAGAGAACUUCAGACUUCAGCUUCAUGCUAUUAGUUGAGUUUGAGGCUCCAGGAAUAUUCUAUAAAUUAUUUGUGGAUAUGUGUGUUUACCUGAGGGGGAAGAAACGAGCAUCUGCAUCUCUUUACUACUCUGAUGCUUUUUUCAAUUUCUGCCUAAUCUGAACACAAAUCUACAAAUGAGGAAUUCACGUUUAGAUGUUCAGGGAAGUCAAACUGAAUCUAUUGAUGGACAUUUAUAGACAGACUCCCCCAGGUUACUUUUUUUUUGCUGAUGAGCAACAUCAUUUCAUUUCCACUAGCAAUUUUGUUACAUUUAUCAAAUUCAAAGAAAGGGUGUUGUUUAAGUAGGUCAGAUUUCUUGAUUUGGGAAUCAAUUGACAUUUAUACAUGUUUGUUAAACUUUUAUGACUCCAGACAUACGAACAUUGCUUGAAAGCAUGCAAAUUUUUAGCUCUGGUUUUUAUGCUAUAUUUCUAGAUUAGUUUUUAACAUAGCUAAAUGUGAAUUUAUAGGGAUGAUAUUUGAAUGCAAAUCAAGUUUAGAAUAAAAUUCGUUUUAGACAGAGACGGGGUUGGGUUGAAAAAUUAUUAUUAAACUUUAAACCUGCUUUUCUACUGAUCUGGAUCUAACAUUUCAGCUUAAUCUGGCACAACAAUUACCCAAAACCAGUUUCUGAAGCUAAAUGGUAAUUUCAAAAUUGAGGGUUUCAAAUCAAAAUGAAAGUUAGAGAAAAAACCAAGUUCCCCCAACUCCAAGCACUACUUACAAAGAUAGAAUAUUUAGCAUAUGGCAGUGUGUGUGUGUGAAUAUAUAUAUAGCAGUAUAUCAAGGCAGAGUUUGAACUUUUAAAGGAAAGAUUCUUUAUGGCUUUGUAACUUCAGAGAAAUAUUGUACCACAGAAAUAGACAGAAAUAGAAAAAAUAUAUACAAUUGUUUUGAUACAUUUGUGAAACAGGUUUCGCAGAACUUGAUAUUUUUUGUGCAAAAUGCCUUAAAUCACUUUAUGUAGGGCUAAUGCAAUUGAAUUUAUUUCUGUAUAUAGCCUUUUAUAGUAAAUACUUCGGAUGCAACACUAGACUUUUCUUUCCACUGCAAUCAUAUACAGCCUUAUGAUUACUAACUAUAACAGAGAGACAAUG